CAUUAUCGAAGUUCCUCAAGUGAGAUCCACGCCUUGUUGCAGGUUCCAGAUGAGUCUGGUUUCAAUUUACUUCAUCCGCAGUUUCACAGUAAUUCAGAUCCUCAUGUGGAAGUAACUUCAACCGUUCAUGCUAAAGAGAAAGGGGGAGAUGGUGUAAAUAAUGAAGCUGGAGAGCUGAAGAAACUUGACAGCUUUGGAAGAUGGAUGGAUAAAGAAAUUGGUCGAGAUUGUGAUAAUUCCUUGAUGGCUUCAGACUCUGGCAACUAUUGGAAUACCCUUGAUGACGAAAAUGACAAGAAGGAUGUAUCCAGUUUAUCACGCCAUAUGUAGCUGGAUACUGAUCUACUGGGCCCUUAUCUUUGCCAAGAACAGCUAUUUACUAUCCAUGAGUUUUCACCAGAUUGGGCUUAUUCUGAGGAUGCAUGGGCAAUAUUUUUCCUGCAUAUUCUAAAAAGGUUUUAAUUGUCGAUACAUUUUUGGUACGCAAGGAACUAUCUAGCAAAGAUUAAGUGGGGAUGUAUGUUUGGUGAAAUUGAGGUUUCUGCUGAAGUUCUGACUGAUACCGUCAUCAGAUGUCAAACUCCUCCGCAUGCUCCUGGGCGUGUCCCAUUCUAUGUCACCCGCAGUAAUAGGUUAGCCUGCAGUGAGGUGAGGGAUUUUGAAUAUCGUGAAAAACCAUCAGGAACUGUGUUUCCGUUGGCUGUAAAAUGUGCACCAGAAGAUGAAGUGUGUUUUCAGAUGCGUCUAGUGAAACUUUUAAAUCUAGGUCGGGUGAGGAAUAGGUUUGAUUGCUCAAUUCAGGAUUGUGAUAAAUGCAAGCUUAAGAGUACUAUAUAUUCAAUGAGAAGUGAAAGUGGAAAUGAUAUGGGAAGGGUUGAAGAGAUUUCUUUGACCUUCAAUAGCAAUCGCAUGAACCCUAGAGAGCAAUUGAUUCAAUGUCUGUUGAAGGAUAGACUUCAUGAGUGGCUGAUCUGUAAAAUUCAUGAAGAAGGUAAAGGACCACAUGUGAUGGACGGUGAAGGCCAAGGAGUUGUACAUUUGACAGCUGCCCUUGGUUAUGAGUGGGCCAUGGCCCCCAUAGUUGCCGCCGGUGUCAGUCCCAAUUUCAGAGAUGUGGGUGGAAGAACUGGGCUUCACUGGGCAUCGUAUUUUGGGAGAGAGGAAACGGUUAUUGCACUACUUAGAUUGGGUGCUGCUCCGGGUGCUGUUGAGGAUCCAACACCAGCAUCUCCGGGAGGAAAAACAGCUGCUGAUCUAGCAUCAAGCAGAGGGCAUAAAGGGAUAGUUGGAUAUCUGGCAGAAGCUGAUCUAAUCUGUCACCUUUCUACACUGACUGUCAAUGAAAACGUAAUGGACUGCGUUGCUGCACGUAUUGCUGCCGAAAAGGCUAUUGAGAAUGCCACACAAGUUGUCCCGUCAGAUUUGGCAAUAAAUGAGAGCCUUUCUCUGAAAGGAUCUCUUGCUGCGGUUAGGAAAUCAGCUCAUGCUGCCGCACUAAUACAAGUUGCAUUCCGGGUUCGUUCAUUCAAUCACAGACAAUUAAAUAAGAAAAGCAACGAUAUUUCUGAAGUUGCACUUGACCUAGUUGCACUAGGCUCUUUGAGCAAGGUCCGAAAACGGGGCCACUUCAAGGAAUAUUUGCAUUCUGCAACUGCCAAGGCCCAAGAUACAGCAGAGAUAUCGUGGUUGGAAGGGAAGAAAAGAGUUUUUGAAAAUACGGAGCCGUAUUGUGAAAAUUCAGGUACUCUUGGAUGUAAUGGUGCUUUCUUGGUUUUUGCAUCAAAUCAUUGUGUUAGCUUACCAUACAAUUUCUCGAAAACUUGAAUCUGCCAUGUAAGUUACUGCUCCACCAUCUAUUCACAGCUACAGAAUUACAAAUUUGAAUAUCAUGUUCUAGGAAGGAGAUAUAUAUGUUGGUCAGUGUAUGUCGGGUUUUUGCUAAUGCUUUGGGAUUUUAAUUUCUAAGGAACGAGACGAGCUUGCCCGCUGCUAGGUUUUUGUCACGCAAUUUCAUUCCUGUUUGUGUUCACUGGUUGGAAUAUGCGCUUUCAAUAAACUGUUCUUCGAGUGUUCUUUUGGCUAAAUCUGUUCAAAGUGCCAGGUUUGCUUUUCAUUUUUGGCUGAGUGCUUUUCAUUCAAGAAGCACGUGAUCAAUAUAUGAGGCUAAUUACGAAGUUUGAGAAUAUAAAGAUGGGUGUGAAGGGAGCAGUACAAUUCUGCAUGGAGAAAUUUCACAAAAGAGCAUAACAAGGGAAGAUUUGCCUGCAUGCUCAGAGGAAGUUGCACUUACAGUUGAUCAGUGAUCUACUUGGUAUCAAGUAGUGAGUGUAAAUUAAACUGUUUGAGCAGCCAGGCAGUUUGUCGUACUGCUCAUGCCUUCAUUUUUUCUUUUUUCUUUUUUUUUUUU